AAGAAGAAAAAACAUGGCUACGGCCGUAAACACAGCAAUCGGGGCUAGCAAAUCUUGGCGGAAUGAAGUCAUUAGUCGUAUGUUUAUCCUUUUUGCCCCCUGUGAUUUGACUUUUAUUCUAAAUGCGUUCAUGUUUUUGAUCUGUUGUUUAUUUAUAUUUUGUACACUUUGACUAAGUAUUAAUAAUUCGGCGUUCGUUUUUUUAUGGUCAACUCGCUAUUCAAUUCGAAUUACCACCGAUGCGAUUAUUAUUGCGAUUAUUAUGAUUAGUAGUAGUAGUAUUAUUAUUAUUAGUAUUAUAGUAUUAUAUUUUAGUCCUCGCACUUUUUUUGUCCCGCAAUUCCUUCGAAAAAGUUAUGCCCCAUCCAUUUUUAAUGGCAUACUCAACAUUUACAUCGCUCCUAUUUGAAAUUUACUUUUAACUCAUUCGACCAACGACAGGAGAGCAAGCACAAGUGCAGUGCAAAAAUUCAGAUCGACUCUUGUUCAAAUUUUUGCCAAUCACAUUGGGAAAAACUGGGGUAAGGUAGAGCGUUCACCGGGGAAGAAAUUCAGCGCCAUUUUUUUUUCUUUUCUUUUUUUUAAAAUUGUUGUUAUGGUAAAGAGAGGCCAGCAAAAUCACCAACUUCACCCAAAGGACAUUGCAGGCCAAAUUUUGAAAACGCACAUUAUGAGAUCGAAUUGGUGCGUCACUUCUGCUGUUCCCGCCUUGGCCACCUGAGGGCAGCCUAAGACAGACUGAAUAGCUGUCCACAGAGGCUUAGCUCGUGUCCAAAAAUAUGACGGUGGGAUGCUCCUGGUGAGACGAUGACGUGGGCCGUGACGUCACCAGAGCCCCCCAUCCUCCUCCCAUGCCUCCCCUCCUCCUCCUUCUUCCAUCCGGCGGCAUCGCCAAGCUCUCAGGCCGACAGGAGUGCACCGAAGGCGGCCGCCAUCGUGUCCGUGCUGUCAACUGUUGAUUACUGGCCGACGUCAAUGACUCUUGGAAGGUUUAUGAACAAGCGUGUUCCUUCUAACAAGAGAUACCAGCCCACGGACUACGAGCACGCAGCCAACUGCGCCACGCAUGCGUUAUGGAUCAUUCCGAGCUUGCUGGGCAGCUCGCUGCUGCACCUCCAGUCGGAGGACCAAUGGGAGCGCGUGUCGGCCUGGGUCUACGGAGCCGGACUCAGUUCGCUCUUCACGGUCUCAACGCUCUUCCACACCGUGGCCUGGAAGAAGAGCCACCUUCGGGACGUGGAGCAGUGUUUCCACAUGUGUGACAGGAUGGUGAUCUACUUGUUCAUCGCGGCCUCCUACGCCCCCUGGCUGAACCUGAGGGAGCUUGGACCUUGGGCGAGCCACAUGCGCUGGCUGGUGUGGGUGAUGGCGCUGUCAGGGACCACCUACGUCUUCUUCUUCCACGAGAGGUACAAGAUCGUGGAGCUGAUCUGCUACACGGUGAUGGGCCUCUUCCCUGCCUUGGUCAUCCUCUCCAUGGUGAGCGCUUCUAUCAUGACGGGCGUUCAAUUCCAUCGCGGCCAAUUGAUUGGACAGCCGGAGCAGGCGGGCCUGUGCGAGCUGCUGCUGGGCGGCGCCCUCUACUGCCUGGGCAUGGUGUUCUUCAAGAGCGACGGCAUCGUCCCCUUUGCCCACGCCAUCUGGCAUCUCUUUGUGGCCAUGGGCGCCGCCGUGCACUACUACGCCAUCUGGAAGUACCUCUACGCCCGGCCCGCCAACCCCGUGCGCACCUCCAGAUGACGGACUCGGGGGGGGAUGCCGACACCCGGGGGGGACGCCGCAUGCGUGCGCGCGCAUAGGUGGCGUCCGCCGUCUUUCCGCGUCAAAUGUUUACAUUCCGCCCAAGGAGGCGCUUCUCGCGGCGGUGCGAGGUGUGUUUGAAAUCUCGACAUCAUUUAUUUGAGUGGCUUAUUUGGACUGGCUGCCAUUAUUUUGAUCGUGUAAAACCAGGACUAAUUUGAAAGACGACUAAUUAUGGGACACGUGAGCAAUCGUGGACUUUUUUUUUUCUCUCUCUCCAUUGCGGAUUAUUUUCCCGUGUCCUUUUCAUUUCUGGUUUUAAUCACGACUGACUGGCGAGAACCGAUUCUGUUUUUCUUACCUUGGUUCAGGUUCUUGUGCUCGGUUUCCAGCGACCGAGACUAAUUGCAUGACAUCUACUGCUUUUCUUUUUUACCUGUGUAGAUUAUUUCUGGUUGUUGAUUUUAAUUGCAAGGUGAGUGGCGAAGAGCUUUGAGGACCAUUGUAGGAAACAUCUCCAUGAGGAUUUAUGGCAGAUGUGACUUCUUAGUUUUACUAUGUAGAUGAUUUUAGUGGUUGCUUAUUGUGGCGUUCCAGUACUGUACGAAAAGCCCGACAUGAGGUCAUGCGGUAGAUGUGAUCAAAUUCUGUGGAUGAUUUCGAUUGGUUGUGCUUCCUUCUAUUGUGUGGUUAUCAUGACUAAGUGGCAAGGAGAAAUGGCAUCCAUUAUUAUGCUUUGUGGAUGACUUUCAUUUUUUGGUGCAAUGUAUCCAUCCGUUUAUCGUGACUACUUGAUGGGGAUCAAUCAACUCUAUAAGAAUGAUAUCACUUGCCACAAUGCGUGAGCGAAUACUUUGUGUAUUAUUUCUAGACGUUGGCUUUUAUAUCUGUUGUGCAAAACGGCAACCAGGAGUGUGCCGUGACUGACGUUGUAAAGUACGAGACAAUCUGAUUAGUUGAUGGAUUAAUUCUACUGGUUCUAUUUAUUCAUCAAUUGUUUCAUUCAUUUUGGGACACACCGGUGCUGAGUCUGACGUGUUAUGGACUUUGUUCUUUUUUUGACUCGAGAAUAUUUCUAACUGGCAGUCAACCAAUGGUGGCAUGACAGACACGAGCGAGUGUGCCAUUUUUUGGGGUGGUUGAGAGCCAGUGCACUUUGGCAUUGCUGUCGUCUUUCGCUAUUUCCAAUACGAGAGCUUUGUACGUGCGAGUGUUUGUUGUUGCUGUCAUUUUGCUUUUAUGGCCAUUUAUGAAUCGGCCAUGAUUGUUUUUAAUAUUACGACUCUAUUUCUCUUCAUCGAGCGUUUUUUCAGCUUGGCGCUUCUGCUCCCAAUUGACCAUGUGACAGUAGGUCACCUUUCAUUUUUCUUACUUUUUGGUACAAAUGGACACUGCCAGAUGUCGUGUUCUUCUUACUGCCUGCCACAAGUGACGGCACGGGUCAAGAGCAAAAGUUUUAGAACACCGGGGCGAUAUGUGGGACAGAUGUUUGCUCGAGGCGUUCUAAAACUUUGGACGUGCCGUUCACGCGCCGAAUGUGAACGCAAAGCCAAUCGACGUGUUUUUCAACAAUCUCAGGUGUGUGCGUGUGCCGCCAUCCGACUCGUGAAUCUGCAGCCUCUGGUCUAUGUUUACGCGUGACCCAACACACACACACACACACUUAUUUGAAUUGAUUACGUGUGUGGGAUAGCUCGGUCCGCUUUGACACAGCUUGCCUUUAAUGUCACAUUCCUAAAAUGUUAAUCAGAGAAAAAUUGGGGUUAAGGAUUAGGGAUUAAGGUCGGGAGUUGGGAUUGGGAGUAAAGGUCAGGAUUUGCUUUUAGCACUUGGGGUUUUGCUCCUUUUGGCACACAAGUCACAUUUUGUGGACUUGGAGUCAGUCUUUCUUAUGCCCUCUUUGAUUGAGAAAACGUUGGGGACAAUUUGGGUCUUGCCGCAACUCCUCGUUUGUCUUUUGCGUCACUCACUCCGAGACAUGACGUCACAUCGACCAUGUACGCUGUGUUUUGCCUCUGCUGUGUGUGACCGCGAAGCUGCUGACUUUUUGGUUCAUUUUGUGUGUGUGUGUGUGCGUGCGUGCUGCUUCUGUGUUGUGACAGGCCGACGUGAUGCUUUGCUCUUUUCUAUCGCUCUUGUAAUAAAACAACGUAAGGAGCUUUUUCACGCAGCGGCUCGCCACUUUGGUCAGCGUUGGGCUCAUUAGAAGCGCUUUUAUUUUAUUAUCGCAGCUAGAGACGCGCCAAGGAAUGACGACUCAGCAGAUUUGUAUGCGACUACUCUCCGAAUGUGAUCGGGCGAUGUAAUUCAAAGGCGAACGAACACAAAGUGUUGAAAGCUUUGGUGCAGGCUUGUGCAAUCUCUCUAAUGUGUCCCAUAUCUCUACACGCAAAAGGAAGUGAAAAUAUCGACUUUGUCAACAUUUCCAACUCAUAUUAAAACGGUCAAAAUUGA